CAGACAUCACAUCUCGUCGGAUAGACAGUUUUUCCACAAAAUUGAUGAAUCUGAUGCAGCAAUGGAGGAAUUGGUUUACAGACUGAGAACUUCACGAAGUGCUCACAGUUUGUUGACUCACAGCAACAAUGAAGAGAAUGAAGAGCUUCUUCUCGACAAGCUGCGAGGGCUGGUUACAAAUAUCAAAUGGAGUCCAAAGGAUGUUGCUGACUUGCUCGAUGCUCUGCUGAAGCGAUUUGAUCCAACAGCAAAUGACAGCUCACGCCUCCUCUCAUGGAUGUUGGAAAUGUUGCACUGUAUAGAGAUCAAUUUCAUCACCCCCAGCUGGAGAUGUCGAGGAAUGAAGCUUGUCGAGCUGGUUCAAGACAAGACUGUUACUGAUGAAAAUCUAAAGGAAUGUUUGGCCGAUGACGAAGAAAAGCAGCUGGAUGCAAUUCUUGAGGAAAUCCGGCAACAACAGCUAAACCAGAUUGAUGAAAAGCUUUUAGAUGACGUGAGAGAUAUUGUAUCAUCAGUUUGUGAUGACCUUACUUCACGCAAUGUUGGAUCACAGCGGAGUGGCUUGAAAAAAGACUUGCUGAGGCUCUGUCAGGCAGCAGAGAAAACGCACUUCAGACCGCGGCUGACGCAGAUGGUGAGCUGGUGCAUUAUGGCUCUUUCCGAAACAGGGCGCUUAAUUCAGGUCGGCACCGGAGAGGGAAAGUCGUGUAUCGUGGCAAUGUUCGCGGCUUACCGAGCCAUGAGGGGAGAAAAGGUCGACAUCAUGUCCAGCUCAUCGGUUCUUGCAGAGAGGGAUUUGAAAGGAUGGCAGAAAUUUUAUGACAUUCUGAAAAUAAGCGUAGGCUGCAACACCAACAAUGAAGGGAAAGAACGAAAGUGCUACGAGUGUCAGGUUGUUUAUGGCACCGUGGAACAGUUUGCUGGAGACUGGCUUCGGCACCACUUUCACAGAGCGGACUUGUUUGGGCGAAGAACAUUCCAGUGUGCAAUUGUGGAUGAAGUGGAUUCCUUGAUGCUCGAUAAGGGUCUUCACAUGGUCUAUUUAAGUAGCGAUAUGCCUGCUUUGAGACAUCUUAACCCACUCUUGGCACUCAUAUGGGCCACUGCGAAUCAAUACAAAAAGAUCGGCACACACACAACUGUGGGGCGAAAAUGCCCCUUUCAUGAAGUUGUGCUUGAAAAUAUAACAAAGGCCGAAGACAUUGAUCAGUUCACCAUUCUCCAAAUGGCUGAGGAAGCAGGUAUACUGGCAAAAGGUUCGGUCAAGGACCUCAGAGAGAACUCAAGCCUUUUAACUGAAAAAAUUAAAAGUGUUACUGUCGAUCAGUUGGCAAAGUUCUUCAAGACAGUAGAGAAGAGAUUCUCAUCUUGCCAGUUUGCUCUGCACUGUAUGAAUAAUGACGGAUCAAUAGAGGAACUGAACAAAGGAUCACAAGGCGCGAUGGCGAACAAAAGAGUUCCACUGCUUUUAAUCAGCGGAGGCUUAUGUCAACACAUGUAUUCUGACCAAAACAGCGUUCACAGAGCUGUAGAAGCACAAAUAAACCGUGCUUUGCAUUUUACACCAUGUGAACUGAGCCAGGACGAAUGUAGCUGCUACAUCCCGGGCUUCUUCUCAGAUCUGGUCAAAUCUAAACUAAAUGUUUGGAUUAAAAACGCCUUCCAUGCACAAACCAUGACAAAGGAUCAUGAAUAUGUCCUCGAGAGUCACGGGGUGGUGCCCGUCGACUACAGCUGCACAGGCGUGGUUGAAAACAACAUGAAAUGGUCAGAUGGUCUACAGCAGUUUCUUGAAAUGAAACACGGGUCCAAGCUGAGUGACAUGACGGUCAUCACAAACUAUAUGUCCAAUGUUGGCUUGCUUCAAAAGUAUGGAGAUCAGAUCUUUGGAAUCACUGGGACUCUUGGCCAACAAGCAGAGACUGAGACCUUGCAGAAAAUCUAUAAAGGUAUCAAGACUUGUCAGAUACCUUCGUUCAAACGCAGAAAGUUGUUUGAGGUUGAAGGAGUGAUCGUAGACAAUGAAAAGGAGUGGAUCGAGGAGAUCUGUGAUGUCGUCACUGCACAAACCAACCCUACCCCAUACAGGGCUCAGAGAGCCGUGUUGGUCAUCUGUGAGACCAUCAGUCGAGCAAAGCUUCUCCACCGUGCUCUCGGAGACAAAGUCCCCAACAGAAAACUUUACAUAAACAACAACAUGGAUAAUGCCGCAAUCAUGGCCAAGCUUGAGGCAGCAGAGGUGAUAAUAGCAACAAACCUCGCAGGUCGUGGAACAGACAUUCAGGUUUCGGAGCCUGUAAAGAGAGCUGGAGGUCUGUUCGUCGUGCAGACCUUCCUGCCGAAGAAUGCUCGCGUGGAGGCGCAGGCAUUUGGCCGCACCGCCAGACAAGGGUCUCCUGGAUCCGCUCAACUCAUUGUCUGCUCCCUCCAUCUGUCAGAACUGCUCAAAUUGCAGGUUUUAAUUGCCAAAUUUCAAUCUUCAUUGGAAAAUAUGAAUAAUCUCAUGCCAUUUUUUUUAAAACAUCUUUUUGUGACUCUAUUUAGGGUGUACCUCAUAACCCACAGAGAUGAAGUGUCUGAAUCUCUGGCUCUGACCGUGAAGCAUAUUUUGACUAACAUGACUGAUUCAGAAAUAAAGACAGUUAAAGAGAUCAGAGACGACUCAGUAGUUGAAGGGCUAGCUAGCUUCUUGGAGAGCGACAUCCCGAGCAUAAAGAAAAAAGAAGUGCUCUUCAGUCAGUAUCUGGCUGAACUGGAUGAAGUGUACAAAAACAAGCCGGCAGAUUCAGAUUUGUCUGCUCUGAAUGAAUUCUGGGGUAUGUGGCUUCUCACCAACUUCAAUGUGAGUGUUCCCAUCAAGGACUUAGAAGACAAACUAACUGGAGACCUGAAAACCGCCAGGCAAAAACUCAAACAGGGAGAAUCACCCUCUUCAAACCUGCAUCACUACACCGCAUUCGGCAAUGAGCUGUGGAAAAAGGGACAUCUUGCAGAGAGUAUCGAGAUGUACACUAAAGCCAUACAGGAGGACCACUGCUGGGCAGCGAUUGCAUAUUACAACCGUGCUUUCGCGUCUUUAACCCAGCAAGACAAGCAUCAGGAUCCAAACUGCAUCGCUCAAGCUCUGCAAGAUUUGCGAAACGCACUCGAGUCUGUUGAGCUCUACUGUGAACAAACUCUGGUCACUUACAGAUACUUCGCACAAGUCCUCCACACGGAUUCAAUCACCAGAUUUGACAGUCACAUGACAGUCAGAUACAAAGUGUUGCUGUGUUUCAAGGAAAACAUCAUCGAGGCCACGAAGAGGCUCUCGGGCGGGGCUGUCAAACUAAACAAGAGGCCAGUUUACUGUCUCGUUUCACUUCUGGAUUUUCUUCCUACGCUACAGCUUGCUUUUCAAUCACUGACUCAGAUCUUCUCCAGAGACCAUCUGAGGCUGCUACAGCUCAUCAGCCACCCCACCUUUGACAUUUCCAUCGAACUAAAGUGUCUGAAAUCUCUGGGGCUGACUCAUGUCUACACCUUAGACAAGUUGUCCUUUUGUCUUAGGCAAUUGUGGAAGAUACGCAGCGCCCUGCAUCGAGGUUUUAGUUUCUUGUUUAGAAGUCGUGAGAGGUGUUUCAAAUGAUUUGGGUAAACGCCCUCGAGUGCAAGCAACCUGCAGCGUGGACUCUCACAGCGAAUGCAGCGGCGCCGCUGUGUAAACCACAAACCCUCAGGACCCACAAGUUCACCUUUGAGUGUUUGAUCCGUCAAAAGUUUCUCAGCCUGUAGAAAACCAUGUGAUCCCAGCUGAAAGAGCAACAAUGGUUCAAAAGAUAACUUUAAAGUGUGCAUGAAGGAAAACGUUUCAGUUUCCUUGUCCAUUGUUACAGUAGAUGUAUUUUUCAUUGAUUGCUAAAUGAUCAAUUGCUAGGCAAAUAAGUCGUAAUAUUAAGGAUGUGUUUCAUUCUUGUUUCUAAUGUACAUUCUUACAUUUUGGUGUGUGUAAUAUCAAAGAUCUUCAUUUUGUAGGGAUUUCUUCCCUCUAAUGCUUCCUGGUUAUGAUUGAUUUUUUUUUAUGUGCUCAAAUGACAAUAAUGUAUGUCGGCGGCAAUAAUAUUGUGAUACUGAUACGUUACUAAUGUGUUUUAUAUGUUUUGGAUUUUGAGUAACCAUGAAAAUAAGCUGAUAAUGUGUCUUAUUUAAAGAAUAGUUAUUGAUUGACAGGUCAUUUAUUCACUACCAGCUUCUAUUUUCACUUCAAAUCACAAAUGAUAUUUUUGAGCCGUUUUGACCUCAUAUAAUAAAGAGGAAGUUUUUACCACC